ACCAGAGUUGACACACCUUCGUUUCCGGUCCGAGGCUGUGAGGAUGCGGCUGCAAGCGUCGCUCCUUGCGUCAAUCGCGGCGCUUGCGGCGAGCAAGAACCUGUCUGCUGCCGAGAGCAUCAAUACGCUUGCCAGCCACGUGACCGUGCCGCUCCCAAAUAUCUCGUUGGCGGUACUGGAACUGACGUCGUUGGACAACAAAGUGUCCACAAGCAUGUACGUGUCUCCAUCUUUGUUCGGCCCGCCGCUUCCGGCGGCAGUCACGUCGACGUCGUACCUGUCAUUUGCACUGGCCAAUCCUCUCACCGCUUGUACACCGCUUCUGUCGUCCGUCCAAGAUGAAGCUGUGCUCAUCGACCGCGGCGACUGCUCGUUUGAAACCAAGGUCCUGCAUGCCCAAGCAGCGGGAGCGGCGCUCGUGCUAGUCCGCGACACCCCUACAGCCGCGCUCAAACAGCCCAAUCAAGUGGACUGCUCCCUCGGUGCCGGCGACUUUUGCGAAGAGAGCGCGAGUUGCGUCAGUUCAACGUGUGUCUUUUCGCCGCUUCACCAGGAGCGCUGCUGCGUGCGCAACAUUCUGAUCGCGAUGAAUGGGUCGACCGCGGCCAUAUCGACUGUCACCAUUCCUAGCGUCUACCUCACCGUCCUGGAUGGCGCGACCAUCGAGAACUUCUUCGUGGAGCACCCGAACGCCACGUUUGUUACCGUGUCGUUACCGCAAGACGAAAGCCCGUGGAACUGGAGCAUGCUGCUUAUCUGGGCUCUCGGAGUCGCCAUUGUCGUCGCCUCUGCGUACUAUUCAGCGGCCAAGGAGCGUCAAUUCUCCCAGCACCUCCACGCGUCAACCCUGCAUCAUCUCUCGGACCCACACCACGACCCCCCAAGCGCGUCGUCGGCCGCCCUGUCGCCGUUUCAUCACGCGUACUCGCCGAUCCGCGACGCGCAAGAAGAGCCGCUCAACAUGACGCUGCAGCACGCGCUUCUCUUCCUCGUCAUGGGGUCGUGCAUGCUCCUGCUCAUGUACUACGUGCACGUGAUCUUGUUUGUCCAGUGCCUGUUUGCGCUGGCGUCGUGGGUGUGCAUCACCCACUUAAUCACGUACCCGCUCCUGGCCCAUUUGAUGCCACAUCGGCCGCCGCAUGGCGUCGGGUGCAACUGGCCCGCGUUUUGGUCGGUGUGGCCGUCGCUGGCUCUCGUCCUCUGGUGGUUCCUCGCGCGGCACGACCCCCUCGUCUGGAUCUUGCAAAACUUCCUGGGCAUCUGCCUCUGCUUUGUCUUUGUCGAUUCGAUCCACAUCCAAAGCCUCCGGAUCGCUACAAUCCUCCUGGGAGUCGCAUUUGCCUACGAUGUCUUCUUUGUCUACUUUUCGCCGCUCGUGUUUGGGUCGAAUGUGAUGGUGGAAGUCGCUUCCCAGGGCGGCAAGGUCUCCCUCGACUUGAACGCGUUCUGCGUCCGGCACCCCGAGUCCGCCACCUGCGGCCACGACACGAUUCCCCUCGUGCUUUCGAUCCCUCUCAUCCUGUCCACCUACGGCGGGAACUCGCUGCUCGGCCUCGGAGACAUUGUCCUUCCCGCCCUCCUCGUUUCGUUUGCGCUGCGCGUCGACUACUGCCACGUGCGCCCGUUGAACAACGGAUCGAGUUACUUUGUUUGGGCCUGCGUUGCCUACGCCGUCGGGCUGCUCAUGGCCAACGUGAUGGCGAUCGUGCUCCAACACUUCGUCGCUGGCCAGCCCGCGCUCAUGUACAUUGUUCCGUGCAUGCUCGGCGCUGUGCUCACGUUGGCGCGGUCCAAAGGCGCUGACGAGUUCCAAGAAAUGUGGGAUGGCCCGGCCUGCCUCGCCCUGGAUGCGUAGUGCGACAGAAUAUACCAUACUUGAUAGGAUUCUUGGACGACUUGGUCGACUGGCUUGCGUGGCCGACAGCAUCGCGCAACUGUGUCGCAGCGGCAUGACGGGGGGCAUUCUUCUCCGACGGCGAUGGGGAAGCCAUGGGCUAGG